AUGAAAGCAGUUGCUCCUCAAUAUAAAAUACCAAGUAGAAAAGGUCUAAGACGAUGGUUGGAUAAUAAAUAUGAGGUUGUUUCAGAAACUUUUAAAAAGAAAUUGUCUUCGAUAGAAGACUUAACCAUGACGACAGAUAUUUGGUCUGAUACAUUAAAUAUGAAAAGUUUUAUAGGCGUAAAUGUUCAUUUUGAAAUAGAAAUUGGACUCAUUUUAGUUACUCUCGGCGUAUACGAACUCGAUGAAAGACAUACGUCACAAUAUAUUUCUGAAAUGCUUUUAAAAACUUGUGCAGAAUGGGAUAUUAACAAAGAUAAUGUGACGGCUUUUGUAACCGAGAAUGCUGCCAAUAUGGUGAAAGCUGUAGAAUUGACGUUUCGUAAAAAGAAAUACAUUCCAUGUUUGGCUCACGCGUUAAAUUUGGUGGCUGAGGGCACAACGGCAUGCACCGAGUGGCAAAAAAUUAUUACUAAAAUUAAAGCAAUUCUGACCCGGUUCGAACAAAGUUGCGUUGCUAGUGACGAAUUGCGCAAAGCUACUUCUACUGAGACAACUUAUACAAAGCGUACCGACGCGCUGGAAUAG